GUUCAUUUAGGAGGACGAUGGACAAUGCCUUGUUGUGUAUAUUGGUGGCUUCUCUGCUGAGUGCGACAGAUGGAAAUUUAAUAACUAAGUUCUCUCGGCCCAGGUGUGACUCUUCCGAACCUGGCACUGAACAAGCCCACAGAACAAAGCUCAACUGAAGGAGAACGGACAUCUGAUCGGGCUAAUGACGGCAACAGCAACACCUUCGACAGUUCCGGAAGUUGUGCCCACACGGCGGACGUUCCGGAGCCAUCCAUUGACAGGGUGGCAGGUAGAUCUCCAGACGACCUUCAAUGUUAUAAGUGUCUCCGUCACCAACAGGGGUGACUGUUGUCCCGACAGAUUAACCAACUUCACAGUUGAGGUCCACACGACUGACCCGAUGACCAACGACAACUCCGACCUCCAUCUCUGUUACUGGCAUGAAGGCACAGUAGGCAGCGGUAUGACGGUAGACGUGAUCUGUGCCGUCAACGCUAUUGGACGUUACGUCAGAAUCGUCAAAUACAAUCCCGGAAAUAAGCCUUUAACGUUGUGCGAAGUUGUGGUGAGGGGAACAUCUUUGCACAACACAUGCAGCGAGUCAUCUGUCGUGUUCAGUCGUCAGAGCACAGGAGCCAGAGAGCCUGACUACAUCAUCGCCGGUCAUGAAAACAUCGGGAAACUCGACUGUGCCAACAUGUGUCUCAGAAAGGCUUCUUGCAACGCCUUCAACGCAAGGUCUCCGUCCGUGGGCGUGGUCAGUUGCGAGCUUCUCGCUGUGAACCUUAACCCCGUCAGUGAUGCAUCAUGGGACAUAUAUGAGAUUUUUAUUUAAGUGUUAUGUGCUUGAAGAAAGGUAAGGCCUACAGGCUGCGUGCAGCAGAGGGCGAGUGUUCAGCUAAUAGCGGAGUGAGUGGCAUGUAGGCCACCUUCAGCACGUACCACUGUUAAAAACUCUAGUGUUGGAAUAUUUAUACGCAAACUGUGAGGCCGAUGACACCUUGAACUGUAGAACAGGACAGACGUUUCCUUGUUUAGAUGACAUGAUUGCGUACAUACACUUCCUUUCAAUUUUCUAUUCAUAUAAUUUUCAUCAACACAACUCCCAAUAGAGUUUGUUUCGAUAGAGACUUA